AUGGCUGCACACCGAGCCCAAGCGCAGGCGGCUGGAGGGGAAGGCCAAACGAAGCUUGUAGACCUGUGCUCUGGCGCGCUCUUAAAGAAAAUUGGCGCCAACGCUGACAAGCUUACGGCGACCUUCUGCUAUGGUGGCGCUGUGGACAUCCCGUUAGAUGGUCUGAAGCUGUUCUACAUGCAGACCAAGAACGACCAAAACCAGGCGAAGAUUCUUGACAUCCCUGUGCAAAGAGGUCGGGAGGAAGACUUCCUGGAUUUGUUGAGCGCUUGUGAGGUAGCCACUUUUGGAAGGAGAAAGGAGGAUGUCCUGGACCCUUCGUAUAGGAAGGCCCUCAAGCUCGGCAAGGACUACUCUUGUACCUUCAACCUUUCUGAGUACAGCAUCCUGUCCGAAGUUCAGCGGGUCAUGGCGCCGGACGCGCUUGGCAUCAGAGCGGAGCUUCACAAACUCAACGUGUACAGGCAAGACAGCAGCACAAUCCUCGUCCGAAAUCAAGGCUAG